AUGGCCGCAUUCUCUAAUAAAGUAGUCGCUAUCACUGGUUUCAUAACCAAGGGUGCAACCCUGUCCAUCUCAGACAUUCAGGAGACUGCUCUUCAGUCUGCGGCUUCGCAAAUCAAGCUGCUGGGAGGACCAAGUUCCAUGGUCCUGGCGUUACGAGUGGACGUCAUAAAACAAUCAGAGGUCGAUGACUGGAUUCAGCGGACGGUAGUCGAGUUUGGGGGCCUUCAUUGCGCCGUGAACUUUGCUGGUGUUGUGGAUGACCAUAUGGGUGCCCGAAACUUGUCUGACCAACACGACAACGCUUACGACUUUGUAAUGGGCGUCAAUCUUCUAGGGACCUGGAACUGCAUGCGAGCAGAGCUGAGCCACAUGAAGUCUGGGGCUUUAAUUGUUAACGCCGCCAGCGCAGCGGGACUCAUUGGCUUUGCAGGCGGCGCUGCUUACACAGCCAGCAAGCAUGGCGUGGCUGGGCUGACAAGGAGUGCUUGCAAAGAGGUCGGCGCCAUGAACAUCAGGGUCAACGCUGUUGCACCGGGCUAUAUCGUGACACCGAUGUCCAAUAAGGCCAGCAAGUCCAUGGGUCUUGCUCCAGAUGAUAUGGGUCCGGUCAAGGCCAGCGCUCUGGCUCGACCAGGGAAACCUGAGGAGGUCGCUAAGCUGAUUGUUUUCUUACUGAGUGAUGACGCCUCAUAUAUUACUGGCAACGUCAUUCCGGUUGAUGGAGGUUUGAUUUGCUGA